UGCGCUGAGGAAAAUGAGAGCUGCAUGUUCGAAACAAACUGCUGUCCUGGACUGUACUGUGUCACAAGAGGUAGAGUUCUUGUGUAUUUAGGGUCACAGGGAGUCUGUCAGAGCAAGAGCCAAUUGAGGAACAGGUGCCUCAUGGACAAGGACUGCCCACCAGGCAUGUGCUGCCACUAUGGAGAAUUGGGGGGCCUGGGCACCUGCGCCGAGGUCUGUGACGAUGCUCCACGCCCCGACGUGCCUGUGGGCAGUUACCGUGGCAGCGACUUCUGGCGCCUGUGGGCGCGCAAACGACAACUGUUUGGCAAACGCAGACGCACUCUCGAGUGA